AUGAUCUCUAAUGAAGCACUUAAAGAAAUAAAUAAAGCAAUUAAUACUUAUAUUGAAACAAAUUCUAUCUAUGGUUGUAUGGACAGAACUUCUAAUUCAUUCAAUUGGAUUGCUAAUAUUAAUGAUAAAACAUGUAAUCAAAAUGUUGCUAAUAUACAAUUUGCUGGUCUUAUUCUUUCUUGUGAUAUAAAAUGGAAUUCAAAUAAUGAUUCAACAUAUCGUCUUAAUGAUAUGUGUAAUGAUUUAAAAAAAACAAAUUUUUAUACAAAUAAUGAACAAUGUCCAUCUAGUUUUAGUAAAACACUUAUUUAUUCAUCGAUUAAAAUACUAUCAAUUGAAAAAAUUGAAAAUUAUGGUUGUGGAUUUUUAUGGUUAUCAACAUGUACAAGAUCUACUCCAAUUGGAAUAGCAACAAGAACAAUAAAUUUAUAUAGUUGUACAAAAAAUAAUUCUGGAUUAAGUCAAUAUAUAUUUGGUGGUUCAUAUUCAUCAAAUAAAAUUAAUUUUCUUACUAAUGAAAAAUCAUGUCAAACAGGUUUUACACCUGUAUCACUAAUUAAUGGUAUCAAUAUUUGUCUUACACAACAAAUUGUAAAUCCACCAAAUAUAUUUAAAUUUGGUGGAAUAUUUUCAUGUCAAACAAAUAAUUCUGAUAUAUGUCCAAUUGGAUUUAGUCCUUAUAUUAUUGGUUUAAUCGAUACAGAUUGUAAUUUAUAUGCAUGUUUACAAUUAAAAGCACAAGAUAUUAAAUUAUUACCAACAAUAUCAUUACCACCAUAUUUUAAUAUAAUUGAUCAAUUAACAUCUCCGUCGAUAAAUAUUAGUAAUAAUAUAAUUAAUGGAAAAUUAAUAUCAAUAUUACAAAUGGCUCCAAUAACGAUUGAUCAAUCUUUGAAUUUAGCAAUUAAAUCUCAAUUUAUUUCAUGGAUUUUAUUCUUACCUAUGGUUAAAUACUUCAUUUUUUAA